UCACACAUACAUAUUGUGGUACCCAGUGAGGAGAGGGGGGCGUCUCGAUGCACUGUGCAAACAUCCUACUUGCUAUAUAUCCAUCAAAAACAUGUGUUGUCAAUCACAAGACUGGCGGGAUUAUGGAAACGCACUCAUUAUUAUUUUCAAGAGCAGCUCUUGAAUAAAGAAGAUGAUGACAAUAUUUGGACAGGUUUUAUGUAAGAGAGGUUUAUGUAUCAUAGAAUUGUAUAGGCUUCAUGUAUCUGACUGCACAGUCACGUGGACACAACACUCGUCCAUAUGUCAAGAAGAGCAACGCCUUCACCUGAAUGAGCCUCUCUCACAGAUGCCCUAACUACGUCGACCGGCCAUGGUUGUAAUAUUUACUAUUGAUUGGCACACUAUGAGGUGCUCAAUCUGAAAAUCAACUCUUCGGCAUAUACACGUAGUUCUAACCUGACCAUCCGUAUGCGAAUGGGAUUCGGUAUGAAAAUGCGUAUUGGAGAUGUAGGCUAAUUCUAAAGGAACCUUCAACUAUUCUGAACAUCAGCACAGAAGGAGCUUUUACACUGUGAACAAUCAACCAGCACAGCCAUGGCCUCCCUCUGUGGUCUGUUGCCAAGGGGAACAGUCCUGGCUGAACGAUAGAUAUAUAUAGAGAAGGAAAGACGGAGAGACAAAGCAGCCUUGAGGUGCAGAGGAAGAGAUGGUCGUCACUGACAGGAGUUCGAGCACUCCUGUGCCUAAGAAGCAGGAACCAAAGAAGAAGAAGAGGAAGUCCCGCCCCCAUGGCCUGCCCUCCCCGGCGUUGUGCUGCGCAUGCGGCCUGUGCAUCAUGCUGGCAGGCAUCAACAUCACCCUGGUGGGGGCAUUCGCCUUCAGCACCUUGGUGCCCUCUGCCAACCCUCCCAUCAUCAUAGGGCCCAUCCUGCUCCUGGUGGCCUUCUCUUUCUUCGGAGCGUGCUGUGUCUGCAGCCGCCUGCCCCCCGCCCAGGGCUCCCGGAGGUCGAAGGUGGGCGGGAGGAGCAUGGGGAUGAUGGGGCGCGGAGGUUUAGCCGGGGGAGCGACGUUUGAGAUUGAGACAAGUGAGCACACGUUGCAGGACACCACGGCAGUACAGCUCAGCCCCUCGGCCUCACCGGGGUCAUCACGGGCGUCCAGCCCCGAACGGGAUGCCCCUCCUGACCCCGCCCCCCCAGGGACCUGCAAGCUCUUCACCAUGGAGACCAAUGGCCCCACCUCCGCCACGGCCUACUACUCUGCCUCCUCGGCCGGGGGAGGGGCUGUGAGGCUCAACCUGCCACGUGAUGAUGUGGCCACCUAGCACAGCUCUGACUAGCACUGAAGCAAGAGCCUCCUGCCCCAGGGGACUGAUGCAAAACUAUGUAAAUAUGAACUAGGUUUGAUGAUAUACACACAGUGUUUCAGUGUGUCUAGCCAUUUUGUGAAGUGCCAUUUUUCAUGUUUAUGAGAAGCUAUCAGAGAUUUAUUGCAUUUGUUUUUGUUUUUUCCAGCAGCCAAACAGUAAUUAGCAUGCAAUUCAACAUUGAAGGAACGUGGGUGACGGUUUCGUUGGAUUUGAUGUUCCUACCUCCUCAGAACUGUUCUCUUUAGAAUCCUCUCUUAACAUGCAUGGGGCAUUAUUAUAAGCAGUUUCUAACCGGAAAGCAGAAUGAGAGAAUUGAAGCGUUUUCUCUGUGGCAUUUCUGAGGGGUAAAACAAAGUGAUGUGUCCCUUUUCUUUGACGGUCUGGACCUCAGUGAUUGACAUUUCAGCCGAUUGCUCUGAAGCAACUUUGUUGUUGUUGCCAGAACUGAAAGGUUUGACACGAAAUGGCAAUGAGUUUAAUGCUAUCAUUUAAACACUUAUGUUUGACAUUACAGUAUGUGCUGCUUUGGUCUAAAAUUAGAUGCAAAGAUGCGGUCGCAAGAUUUCUUUGCAAUAUAAUCUCAACUGAAAGGAUCAGUAACAGAGGACUAAAAUGUAUUUUUCCUCAAUUGUUUCUACAGACAAAACAUUAUGGAUGAUAUGCAGUGUACAUCAGUGGUUGGCAACAAGUGGCCUGCGGGCCAAAACUGGGUCGCAUGUGAUUUGUUUUUUGGAAUCUGAAUUUUUACUACAAACAUAGAAAUGCGCCAUUUUCACAUACAGUGGCAAGAAAAUCCUUUGGAAUUACCUGGAUUUCUGCAUAAAUUGGUCAUAAAAGUCACAACAAUAAACAAACAGUCUGCUUAAACUAAUAACAAACAAUUAUACGUUCUCAUGUCUUUAUUGAAUACACCGUGUAAUAAUUCACAGUGUAGGGUGUAAAAAGUAUGUGAACCCUUGGAUUUAAUAACUCGUUGACCCUCCUUUGGCAGCAACAAACUCAACCAACGUUUUCUGUAGUUGCAGAUCAGACCUGCACAAUGGUCAGGAGGAAUUUUGGACCACUUUACGAAACUGUUUCAGUUCAGCGAUAUUCUUGGGAUGUCUGGUGUGAAAUGCUUGAGGUCAUGCCACAGCAUUUUAAAUCAGCUUGAGGUCAGGACUCAAGGUAUUUUUUUCUUCUGUUGAAGCCAUUCUGUUGUUGAUUUACUUCUGUCUUUUGGGGAUGUUGUCCCGUUGCAUCACCCAACUUCAGUUGAGCUUCAAUUGGCGGACACAGCCUUACAUUCUGCAAAAUGUCUUGAUAAACUUGGGAGUUCAUUUUUCCGUUGAUGAUAGCAAGCUGUCCAGGCCCUGAGGCAGCAAAGCAGCCCCAAACCAUGAUGCUCCCUCCACCAUACUUUACAGUCGGGAUGAGGUUUUGAUGUUGGUGUGCUGUGCCUUUUUUUCUCCACAGUUGUGUGUUCCUUCUAAACAACUCAACCAUAGUUUCAUCUGUCCAAGGAAUAUUUUGCCAGAAGCGCUGUGGAACAUCCAGGUGUUCUUUUGCGAACUUCAGACCUGCAGCAAUUAUUUUGUUUUGGACAGCACUGGCUUCUUUCAUGGUGUUCUCCCAUGAACACCAUUCUUGUUUAGUGUUUUACGUUUCGUAGACUCGUCAACAGAGAUAGCAUGUUCCAGAGACUUCUGUACGUCUUUAGCUGACACUCUAGGGUUCUUCUUAACCUCAUUGAGCAUUAUGCACUGUGCUUUUGCAGUCAUCUUUGCAGGGAGGCCACUCCUAUGGAGAGUAGCAGCAGUGCAGAACUUUCUCCAUUUAUAGACAAUAUGUCUUACCGUGGACUGAUUUUAGAGAUACUUUUGUAACCCUUUCCAGCUUUUUGCAAGUCAACAAUUCUUAAUCUUAGGUCUUCUGAGAUCUAUUUUGUUUGAGGCAUGAUUCAGGUCAGGCAAUGCUUCUUGUGAAUAGAAAACUCUAAGGCAGGGCAGGGCAGCUCUAACCAACAUCUCCAAUCUCGUCUCAUUGAUUGGACUCCAGGUUAGCUGACUCCUGACUCCAAUUAGCUUUUGGAAAUGUCAUUAGCCUAGGGGUUCACAUACUUUUUCCAACCUACACUGUGAAUGUUUAAAUGAUGUAUUCAAUAUCAUUUGUGUGUUAUUAGUUUAAGCACUCUGUGUUUGUCUAUUGUCUAUGAAGAUCAGAUCAAAUUUUAUGAAUAAUUUAUGCUGAAAUCCAGGUAAUUCCUAAAGGUUCACAUACUUUUUCUUGCCACUAUGUUGAUGUUGGGGUAGUGCUGGACAUGAUUAAUAUGAAGUCGAAAAUGUUUGACAUGUUCCGUUAGAUAUAGCCCUAUGUCUAACAUGGACAGCACACCAAGAUCCAAACGGCUUUAAUAUUGAUUCAAAAGAUUGAACAUGCUUUGAUUUUCUAUACAGAAUAAACAACUUCUUUCUUGAACUGCAUUGUUGGUUAAGGGCUUGUAAGUAGCAUUUCACGGUAUGGUCUACACCUGUUGUAUUUGGCGCAUGUGACAAAAAGUUUGAUUUGAACUAGAGUUUACUAUGUCCCCAGCCAAGUAUUUUGACAUAGCCUAAUAUUUGUAUUUCAUGUGAGUAAAGUCAACUCCCCCUCCCCCUACAGGGAGUGGGCUUGUUGUAAAUGUGUGUAGUGUCAAGAUGUAUGUAAACUAUCAAUGUUGGCCAUGUAUUUCAAAAUGUAUUCUGUUUUGAUAACAUCUUUAACAAUGUAUUUUUUUGAAAAUUACAUUUACUUAAUUUGGUAACAAUACAUGUGAUACUACUAAAAUAUCAAUAAAAUACAUGCUCAUAUAAAA